UCAAUAUUUCAAAUUUAAAAGAAUAUGGAAAAGGAAAAUAAUUAUAGAAGUCUGACACUCAAAAUCUUAGCCUGGCAACACAAUUUAGGUCAAUAUCAUCCAUUUAGCAAAAAGCAAUAUUAAUUAUGCAGAAUGCAGAUAACAUGUUAACAACUAAUUAUUUACUCAAUAUUACGCCAAUUGCUUAAAAUUAUAUUUUUAAAGAAAAGGUUAAAAAAUUCUCGUUAGUGAUGUCUGACUUACUAGAAAAUCACUUGGCAAAAAAACAGGAGCAGACUAACCCAUCCACGUCACAAUCAACAAACUUGCAUACAGUACCGUCAGGGAGUUCUCAUAAUAUUAUUAAUGAUAUUGGAACGGAUUUGAAAGAAAUGUCAGCGUCGUCUUCUGCAUCUCAUUCACAAGAGGAGCAAACCGAGAAGAUGUCUUCCGACAUACAUACACUCAGCGUUAGCGAUAGGUCGGAGGGCAAUCAAAAUAUAAAUAUCAAUAGUGAAGAAAAUUCCAUACAAAAUAAUUCUUCGAGUGGAUCGAAAAAAAGGAAUGCCAGAAAAAAAGAACGAUUGAAAAAAUUGCAGAUACAUUCACCAAACGAGAGCAACCAGGACUUUAAGCCUGAAGCUAUUCAAACUGCGCCUCCAGUUCCAACGCAAAAUGGUAUAAAUUCAUUGCAAAAUUUUUUCCUAAAACAAGUUGCUCCAUUGUAUGCUAAUACUAGUUCAAGUUAUUUAGAAAAUCUCGCACAUCAUCCACAACUACAUUUAAUGCAAAGUAUGCAAUUAAGGGAAAUGUUUCUACAUUAUCAGUUUGCAUCAAGUGCACCAAAUACUCCUUUAAUGCAACAAGCCCAUGGUUCCAAUUCUCACAACUUUGUGAAUUCAGCAUUUGCAUAUCAACAUCCACCAAAAUAUUUUCAAAAUGCAAUGCAGCAUCCUUUACUUAGUAAAACUUUUGUAAAUGCUAAUCAUUGCAAUAUGCAUCAAUCUUCCAGUUUUCACCCAAUGACAAAAAGUAAUAGUUUUUCUAAUUCCCAAGAGACUAAGACUAAUAAUUCUCCAAGAACACAAAGAAAGCAGAAGAAACAAGACAAUAAAGACAAUGAUGUCAAAAAGUUUAAUCCUUACAUCUCUCUAGAAGAGGUAGAAUUAGGUUUACAAAAUAAUACAUUACUAGAAGGAGUAUUAAGAAUAAAUCCUAAACAAUUUCAGCAUUCAUAUGUUUCAAGUACUGAUAGAAGUGAGCAAGAUGUUCUUAUAGAUGGUAUUAAGAAUAGAAAUCGUGCCUUGGAAGGUGAUGUUGUUAUCGUUCAAUAUAUUGACAGCGAGAGUGAAGAAAAUACUGAUUCUAAUGAAGAUAAUAAGCAGAAAAGAGGCAAAGUAGUGUUUAUAAAAGAAAAGGUUCACACAAGAUCAUGCAUUGGAAAAUUAAAACUGAUGCCUGAUAAGAAUAGACAAAGAGCAUUAUUUGUACCCAGGGAUCACAGAAUACCAAGGUUAAACAUACCAUUUACAAAUUGGCCGGAUAAUUUCUAUCAGGAUUCAAAAAGUUAUGAAAACACUUUGUUUUCAGCUAAAAUCAUUGACUGGUUUGAUGUACGGUUUGCUUUGGGUAAAUUAGUCUGUAAUAUAGGAGAAUCAGGUGAUAUGCAAACAGAAACUAAAGCAAUUCUGGCUCAAACUGACUUGGAUAUAACACCAUUUGGCCCAGAGGUAAGGCAUUUAUAUCCUCGUUUAGAUUAUACAAUUCCUGAAGAAGAAAAGAAUAUAAGGGAAGAUUGUAGAAAGUUAUGUAUCUUUAGUAUAGAUCCAGCUAAUUGUCGUGAUAUCGAUGAUGCUGUUUCAUGUAAAAAACUUGAUAAUGGCAACUAUGAAAUUGGAGUCCAUAUUUCAGAUGUUGCUCACUUCUUGACUGAGAAUACAAUUUUGGAUGAAAAAGUAGCAGAAAAAGCUACAACUAUAUAUUUGGUUGAGAAAGCAUACCACAUGCUGCCAGAUGAUAUGUGCAUGCUGUGUUCUUUAUUUCCUGGAGUAGAUAAACUUGCAUUCUCUAUAUUUUGGGAAGUUACAGAGAGUGGUAUAGUCAUAAAUCAUAGGUUUGCAAAGACAAUUAUACACUCAUGCUGUCAAUUAGCCUAUGAACAUGCUCAAGCAGUACUUGAAUGCAAAGAAAAUGCUGAAGACAAUUUUCCCGAAAUAUAUAAUGGGUUUAACUAUCAAGAUGUGUACCAAACAAUUAAAAUAUUAGGUAAGCUGUCGGCAAUAUUUAGAAAAAAUAGAUUUGAGGGUGGUGCAUUGCGAAUCGAUCAGCCUAAGGUGUCAUUCCAUUUAAGCCCUGUAAAUGGAUUGCCAGAUUCUUUUUGCAUUUAUCAAAGUCAAGAAAGUCACCAGCUGAUUGAAGAGUUCAUGCUUCUUGCUAACAUGACUGUAGCUAAGAGAAUAUAUGAUGACCAUCCACAAUUAGCUGUCUUGAGAUGCCAUCCUACACCUAGUAUUUUUAUGCUAAGACAGCUUGCUAAGUCAUUGAAACCAAUGGGUAUUGAUCUAGAAAUUUCAUCUGCUGGUGAUUUACACAGAUCACUUUUGUCCUAUGCUGGACCUGAUUCUGAAGAUAGGGGAAAAGGUAUGGUCCUGAACAUGCUGUGUGCUAAGCCAAUGACGAGAGCAAAAUAUUUUUGUGCAGGCGGACAAAGCGAAGAAGAUUUCCACCAUUAUGCCUUAAAUGUACCUCUAUAUACUCAUUUCACUAGUCCAAUAAGGCGUUAUGCAGAUAUAAUGGUUCACAGAUUAUUAGCUGCUAGCUUAAAUUAUAGAGAUCUACCUAAAUGGGAUGUGGACAAAGUUAGCAUGAUUACUGCACAGUGCAAUAAGCAAAAGUAUAAUGCUAAAAAGGCAGGGGAAUUAUCAACAGAACUAUACACUCUGAAGUACAUCGAAUUGAACUCGCCUCUUGUUACUGAAGCUGUUGUCGUAGAAGUAAAAGAAAAAUACAUAGAUGUAAUAAUAGUGGCAAUGGGUUUAAAUAGAAGAAUAUUUUUCAACAAUGAUUUUCCUGGGGAUUAUAAGUGUAUAAAAAACGAUGCAGGUAUAAAAUUGUCAAAAAUGGAACUGACAUGGAAUGCCAUUGAAGAUUUGCCAACAAUAACACAGGUUAUUGAAGUUUUCUCAAUACUACAAGUAGAAAUGCACAAAGGUGAUGAUAUGGUGAAAGUAGAGACAAAGCUUGUAAGGCCGAAAUAAUUUAUUUUAACUAAUUUUACAUAUUGUAUAAUUUUACAAGAUUUUUUUUUAAUAAUUUGUAUUAUUUUAAUUAUUUGACAAAUGAAAGUACACAUUUCAGGUUGUAAAUUUUUAAAAAUUAUUAUUUUUGUACUAAUUCUCAGGUACUUGCACUUUAUUGCGCACAAAUACAAUUAUGACGACAAUUAUAUGUAAAAAUAAACUAAAACUGAUUAAAAAAAAGUAAUGAAUUUAUUCUAAUAAAAUAAUGUAUAGUAUAUGAAUGAGAUUUAUAAUAUCCAAUAGGUUGACAAACUAUGCAUGUUAUAAUUUUUUUUUUAAUGUGUACUCAUUCGACCCUGUUGUAAUUUUGUUUGAGGUAUUUCUUGUUUAUUUAUUCUGACAACUAUUUUGAUACUUUUACAUCUUAUGACAUUUAUCUGUAGGUAUUUUGGGAUAUUAAUUGUUUUUCAAUUUACAUUGAUGCAUUUUUGUGCAAAUUUUACAAAUAGUAAAAAGCUUAAAAUAUAUAUCUAGAUUAAAAAAAAUAGUAGUAUGAUGAAAAUUUUAACGAAAACAGCAAUAAUUCUUGCCUAAUACCGCAUAAUAUAAAUGAAUUUAAAAAUACAAAUUUUUGUAGAAUGAUAUAUAUGCAUAGUUUUUAACUUGUUUAUGCUAAAAUUACAUUGCAUAUUUUAAUCAAAUAUUGUAUACAUUUUUAAUAAUUUGUUUCGAGUAUAUCUUUUGGAAAAAAAUUUAAAUACAUAUCCUAUAUGUAAAUUAUUUAUACGAAUAUCUCAU